UCUCCUCCGCACGCCCCGGACGCUUAGAACGUCGGCAACGAAGAGCCCCCUCAGCCAAGGCUCCAGCCGAAGCCUGGGGACAAGCGGGGUAGGUCGGCCUUCCGUUUGCCGUCCUCAGCCCCGUGAGUGACAGUAGCGGUGGGAAGGGGGAGGGAGGAGCCCCCCGUCUGCUUUCUGCGCAACGUUAAGAGCUCCUCUGCGGGGGACGCGCCUGGCGACCGGCGGCGUGCGCCCUCUUCCACGAAGCCCACUGCCUGCAGCGGCAACAGGUCCUAUAUUUUGGGAAGAAGAGACUUAAAAGCCAGCAAAGAUCAAAAAGCCAAUUCUCCAAAAUGUCAUACAGACAAGGUUUAGAGAAGUACCGAGAUCUAGAUGAAGAUCAGAUCCUUGGAGCACUGACAGAAGAGGAAAUCAAGAUUCUAGAAGAUGAGCUACUGGAACUCGAUCCAGAUAAUGCAAUAUUACCUGCAGGAAUGAGACAGAAAGAUCAGACCAAGAAAACACCCACAGGCCCUUAUAAAAGAGAUGUUCUUCUGGCACAUUUGGAGAAGCAGGCAAAUGACACUAAAGACCGAGAUGAUCUGGUUCCCUUCACUGGGGAGAAAAGAGGAAAAAUCUGGGUCCCCAAGCAGAAAGCUAUUGAUCCAGUUUUGGAAAGUGUAACUCUGGAACCAGAACUGGAGGAAGCCCUGGCAAAUGCUUCCGAUGCUGAACUCUGCGAUAUUGCUGCUAUUCUUGGCAUGCAUACAUUGAUGAGUAACCAACAAUAUUAUGAAGCACGAGGGACGACAACUAUUGUCAACAAAGAAGGAUUGGACAGUAUAAUUAAGCCCACCCAGUAUAAACCAGUUCCUGAUGAGCCAAAUUCAACCAAUGUAGAAGAAACUUUGGAACGAGUAAAAAACAAUGAUCCAGAACUUCAGGAAAUUAAUCUCAACAAUAUUAAGGACAUUCCUGUGCCUAUUUUGAAAGCCUAUGUUGAAGCUCUGAAGACUAACACCUAUGUGAAAAAGUUCAGCAUAGUAGGAACAAGAAGUAAUGACCCUGUUGCUUUUGUGUUGGCAGAAAUGAUAAAAGAAAACAGCGUAUUGAAGAGCUUAAAUGUGGAAUCAAAUUUUAUUACUGGAUCUGGAAUCCUGGCCCUGAUAAAAGCACUGCAGAACAACACAACACUAAUUGAACUCAAAAUUGACAACCAGUGCCAGCUUUUGGGCAACAAGGUAGAAAUGGAGAUCGCCAGUAUGUUAGAAAGGAACACCUCUCUCUUGAAAUUUGGUUAUAACUUCACUCAACAGGGACCCAGACUUCGGGCCUCCAAUGCUAUGAUGAACAACAAUGACUUAGCUCGUAUCCAUCGAAGUGACGGUCCCUGACAUAACACCUCAGCCCUGGAACUGGAAGACUGAGAAAAAGACGACUUGCAGACCUGACUGGACCCAUCCUUCCAAAGUGUCGAACUGGAGUGUAGUUUUGGUUGUGGAGAUGUGUCUGUAAGCUUGCAUUGGUUUAUGAUGGCUUACAGGAGCAGAGUAAAUGUGCGGUGAUUUUAUGCAGCUUGUUUUUCAUACGACACCCUUACUCAUGAAAAUUUUAAAUUAAAUAGUUAUUUUAGGCAAAGGUCUUCAUUAUUGAUUGGUAGAAUAUAACAUUUUUAUUUUUAAAAGAGUAAUCCAAAGUUUUAGCCUGUCAAUCAUAAAAGGUGCAAUUCUGAAUUCUGGUGAAAGAUAUCAUGGCUCAGGAACAGCUUGAAGUUAUAGUUAGAUUACAGCC